AUGCCACGCACAGCUCCCGCCAAGGGUCGCCACAUCUCCUACAACGCUGAUGGCGAGCUCUGCAUGACGGUGGUGGACCCGGUGACGCGCAAGCUUCUCAUCCCGACGCAGUACAUCUUCGAAACCCGCGCCCAACAGCGUGGCACGCUUCCCUCGCUCUGCCAGCUCUUUCUUUCUGGUCGGUGCCGCAAAGGCCAGGGAUGCUACCAGCUGCACGCCGACUGGGAGGCAGUGCAACGACUUCGCUCUCAGGUGGAUAGCCUUCCCUGCUGCUGCCCCACUCACGGAGAUAAGGACCACAUCGGCGUCUUAGAGAAUGCCCUGCUGCGCGAGUCCGUCUCGCUGGGCCACCCCCACUCUCACCACCAUGGAAACAGCGAGCAAAACAGCGCCGAUGCUGCUGCCGCUGCCGAGUCGACCGUUGGUGCGAACGACGUUGUGCUAUACGUGCCGGGCUGCUCCUUCUUUGAGGGGAGCUACGCGCCACUGGACCGCGUGAGCUACACGGUCGGGCUGCGUCGCCUACUGGAGGAGCAGCGCGUCUUGCUUACCCCGUCCACGGCGCGCAUCAGCCUACUGAACCAGGUCACAGGGUUCCCUGAGGAGAAGAUUGUUGCGGACGCGUCGGCGGCGACGGUGUGCCGCCUGCACGCGAUGGGACGGUGCCGGUACGCCGAGGAGUGCAAGUUCCUGCACCUUUGCAAGGACCUCACGACGGCCGACCCGCAGCUCACGGCAUCCCCGGCUACGGGCGGCGUCAACGGCAACGCCAACUGCGCCGCUCCCGGGUCGUUUGAGGCAAGCACCACCACCGCGGGUCUCACGAACGGCACGGAGACCUCUUCUAUGCCUUCUGAUCGCCGGUUGAAGAGUUCCCACUACCACAGCAGCUCCGCCGCUUUGAACACACCGGGCGCCCCCGUUCGCCAAUCCGUCUUCACUUCCAUCAGCCUCCAGCAGCAGCAGCAGCUGCCCCUCGGCAACGGUGGCGCUUUGGCGGCAGACCCCGCUGGCAUUGCGACUAUGGUGAAGGUCGGGUUGGCCUCCUCCCUGCAGCCGUCGCAAAGCAUGUCGUACCACCAGGAUCCGUCCGUGAUGGUUCCGGCGGACGGGAGCACCGGCAGUGCUCGCGGCUCGUCGAGGCCGUACUUGAUGGGCAGCGCUGGUGCCUCUGAGAGUGGCCGGCUGCUGGUGCCGCAGCGUGAGGACGUCAGCAACGGCAUCGAGGGCGCUGGCACCGCCUCUGCGGUGCCCUACCUGUCAAAGAGCUGUGGCUACCGUAUCGGCGCCGUUGGGACGACGUCGCUGCCGCAGCGGCCGCUACAGAUUGAGAGUGGAGUUAUGCCCCAAAUGAUGAACGCGAGCACCGGCAGCUUCCCCGGCAGCAGUCAACAGAAUAACUCCUCGCCCUCGGCAGCCCCGUAUGGCCUUUCGCCAACGAAAGGCAACCGUGUUCGCGUGUCCCUCAGCCUCCCCGCGACCAGCUCCACAUCGGCACUGACGUACGGGGCGGCGCUUGGCACAUCGAACAGUUCGGAUAAGACGAGCUCGCCGCCGGCGGAGGGGUCGAUGGGGAUGUCGUCAAGCCACAACAGUUUUUCGCGGUCGGUGACGCAGAUGCAGGCCUCGUCGAACUCCACACGCUGGCAUCACAACCCGUACCUGGCCUCAUGGCCCAAGACAGAAGCUCCAUACGGGUGCUCCGGCAAGUGCGACGGCCUCAGGUGCCACCCAACCGGUUUCUACGCGCUCCCGAUCGCGCGCGCGGCGUGA